AUGUCGACACCCGAAGGCCGCGGCACGGCCACCCUGAUCGGCCUGGGCAUGAUCGUCGUCAUCGCCGCCGUGUUCAUCGGCAUCUACCUCUACUUCAAAAAGAAAAACUCGACGUACACCACAUUGAAGGAUCAGCAGAUCCCAUGCGGCAAUCUGAGCGGAUCGUGCGAUCUCGUCCAGGGUGGCGUGCACGUCACCAGCGAUCAGCAGUGCCAGUCCGUGUGCGAUACUACCAGCGAAUGCAACGGGUGGCUGUACGAUCGUCUGAGCAACGGAUCGGGACCCAACUGUUGGGUCAAGUAUGUGUCGCCGUUGGUGCCCUCGUCUGCCGAAUCGCUGCCCGGAUGGGAUAUGGGAUACAAAAUCACGGCAACAUCGUGA